GAAUCAUCGCUUAGAAUUACUUUGUAGUAUUUUAUCUUAGUAUUUUUCCCAUUUGAAAUCUCAAAGUAUGGGAAAAAAUGCAUUAUCUUUUCAAAUAGCUUGUCUAUGUGCUUUCUGAUUUCUUUACUUUUCAAUUUGUAUUGAAAAUACUUAAAUAUAUAUAUAUCUAUAUUUCACUGUUCACCCACCCCUGUUCCAUAGACCCCUUCAUUUCUUGAAGACUUGUGACACAUGGAGAAAAAAGACUUAAAGAUGUAUCGUGAUGCAUUAUGUGGUUCAAUAGCACAUUUUUUUUCCAAGAAUGUGUCGUUCUUAUUGAGUCUCCAUUUUAACAGAUGCUCUAUCUACCUUUUUCAUAGAUCCGAUUGUUGUUAUAUUUUUAAAAUGCUUAUAAACAUACACAAUUAGCUUUAUCAUAGAUUCAAAAUUAUUGGGGUUCACUUACAAAUUGUAUACAAAAGAUGUGGAACCAACCUAGGAUGCUUAAUAAAAUCAAAUCUGGCAAUGUAUUCAAUAAUCUGAUUUGUAUGUUUCGAUAGCAAUGUUGCUUUCUAAAUGAAUAAGCAUAUCUAAAAAGAAGAAGUGUAGAAAUUAUUUAAAAUAUCCAGUGUUUCAUCGAAGUAAAUAGUUGUAGAGAGAAAAUUAGUUAUAGUAGCUUUUACGGAAAGUUUUAUUGGUUCCGAAUGAAUUUAUUCAUUUUUUUUAAGGCUCGUAGUUAUUUUGCCUCUUAUCUCUAUUUAAGUUUACUUGCUACUUGGUUGUUUCUUUUUUUGUACUACAAAUAUCUGCUUCUUUAUCUUGAUACCCUUUCUCACUAACCGUGUGCAUAUUUCGGGAUUUUUUCUCUUCACUUACUCUGCUCGAAGCUCAAAGUUUCACCAAGCAAUAAAUUAAAUAGAGAAUGCCUAAGAAGAAAGGAAAGCGGAUUUCUAUACAUAUCAUAUAUUGGGGAGCUUUUUCUUUUGAAUAUGAAUGGUAUUCUAUCCACUCAUCUGUUUAUGUAACAAAAUUUGAUUAUGUAUUUCCCAAAGACAAUUCUAGAGCUAUACAUAUUCUGUUUUUGGAUUGAUUGUAAUUAUAUACAUUUUUAUACUUACUCUUUCGAGGUUAAUCACUGUCAUAGCUGCUGCAUUCGCAUCACGACUUUGAUAUCGUCAGUAGCAUGGAAAAUAUUAUUCUCACUUAAUGGAUCUUGCCAUUUUCUACUGUAG